UAGCCUACAGCUGGUGUCCUGUACAAAGAAGAUAACUACAUUAUAAUGACGACAGUGGAUAAAGAGAAAUAUAAAUGUAUACUUCCGCUGAUAGCAAGUGGCAGUGAGGAAGAAGAAAAGGACUAUAAAGGUCCUACUCCAGGAGAAUUGCUGGAACCUCUUUUUAAGCAAAGUAGCUGUUCAUAUCGAAUUGAAUCUUACUGGACUUAUGAGGUCUGCCAUGGAAAACACAUCCGUCAAUAUCAUGAGGAGAAGGAAACAGGACAGAAAAUUAACAUCCAAGAAUACUAUCUGGGGAAUAUGAUGAUAAAGAACCCAUUAUCAGAACCAGAUCAAGAAGAGAAGGAAAAUCCAAAAGAGAGUGCAAAAGAGAUACCUACAAAAAAUAUAGAAGGGCAGAUGACCCCAUACUACCCUGUAGAAAUGGGAAACGGUACACCUUGUAGCUUGAGACAAAACCUACCCAGAUCAAGUACGAUGAUGUACAUCUGUCAUCCAGAAGCUAAACACGAGAUUCUUUCGGUAGCAGAAGUUACAACCUGUGAAUAUGAAGUGGUUAUACUGACCCCUCUGUUAUGCAACCAUCCUAAGUACAG